UGAGUAAUUACUGGGUGUGUCAGUGUGUCUUAGGUUUGCAGGUAGGUUGGGUGAAGGAGCUCAUUUAUUCACUGGCUUUAGGGAGUCCUGCACCCUGACACCCUUACAUCCUCAGACACACUGCACCAGUUGCAAGAGGGCUUCCCCGGGGAGCCGCUGAAGAACCCAGUCACAUAAGGAGGGGGUCCAACUACAAACAGCUGCCAAGAUGUGUGACAUUGGGGGACUCGAUAACCUGGUAGCCAACACGGCCUACCUCAAAGCCCAGGGCGGUGACGACAAGGAGAUGAAAAAGCGCCGUCGCAGCUUGUCUCUACCCAAGCAGGAGCAAUGUGCUGAGGUGCGAGCCUCCCUGGACAAGGACUUUACAUCAAUCUGUGAAAAGCAGCCAAUUGGCAAAAAGUUUUUCCGUCAAUUCCUGGCGGAUAACGCCGCGUAUAAGCUCGCUGCCGAUUUCUUGGAUGAGCUGUACGACUGGGAUCUGGAAGAAGGUGCCGCAAAAGACAAGUUGCGUCAGAACAUCAUCAACAAGUACUGCAAGGCUGACUCCAAGAACUUCUUGUCCUUUCUCACUGGGGAGGCCGCUGACAAAUGCAAGGCUGUGACGGAUGCCAACUUCAGCGAGGUGAUGAAAGGCAAAGUCCAAGAGGGUGUGAGAGAAUAUCUCAAAGGGAAACCCUUCACAGAUUACCAGACCAGUCAGUUCUUUGAUAAAUUUCUCCAGUGGAAAGAGUAUGAGAAACAGCCCAUCAACGACAAGUACUUCUAUGAGUUCAGAACCCUGGGAAAGGGUGGCUUUGGGGAGGUAUGUGCCGUGCAGGUGAAAAACACAGGCCAGAUGUACGCCUGUAAGAAAUUGUGUAAAAAGCGACUGAAGAAGAAAGGUGGUGAGAAGAUGGCGCUUUUGGAGAAAAAGAUCUUGGAGAAGGUCAACAGUCUGUUUCUGGUCAACUUGGCCUACGCCUAUGACAGCAAGACCCACCUGUGCCUUGUCAUGACCCUGAUGAAUGGCGGAGACCUCAAGUACCACAUCUACAACAUGGGCUAUGACGGCAAGGGCGUGGACAAGGGCAUUGAGAUGAAGCGCAUCGUCCAUUACACAGCCCAAAUCACAACUGGUAUUCUGCACCUGCAUGAGAUGAACAUCAUUUAUCGAGACAUGAAACCUGAGAAUGUGCUGCUGGACAGCCAAGGGCAGUGUCGACUUUCAGAUUUGGGUCUGGCCAUAGAGCUUGCCCCAGGCAAGACCGUCACCCAGAUGGCUGGCACUGGAGCAUACAUGGCUCCGGAGCUCCUGAACAAAACUCCGUAUAGGACAUCGGUGGACUGGUGGGCGCUGGGCUGCAGCAUCUAUGAGAUGGUGGCUGGCUACACGCCUUUCAAAGGCCCCGAUAGCAAGAAGGAGAAGGUGGAGAAGGAGGAGGUGCAGCGUCGUAUUCUCAGCGAGGAACCCAAGUGGGAGCACAGGUGUUUCGAUGCAAACACUAAGGACAUCAUCCAGCAGUUCCUCAAAAAGAAAAUUGAGGAGCGUCUGGGCAUGACGAAUAACUUGGAAGAUCCCAGAAAUCACCCAUGGUUCAAGAGCAUCAACUUCCCGCGUCUGGAGGCCGGGCUGGUGCCGCCUCCGUGGGUUCCAAAGCCCAAUGUUGUCUACGCCAAGGACACGGGUGACAUUGCAGAGUUCUCUGAAAUCAAAGGCAUUGAAUUUGACAGCAAGGAUGACAUGUUCUUCAAGGAGUUUAGCACAGGUGCCGUGCCGAUUCCUUGGCAGCAGGAGAUGAUGGAAACGGGACUGUUUGAUGAGCUCAACGAUCCCAACAGGAAAGAAGGAGGCGGGGAUGGGGAGGCCGAGGCAAAAUCUGGCACGUGUAUAUUGCUGUGAGAGGACUCCUCAUAUAACUUUUUGUCAACCACAUGCACACUUACCAACGUUCUAAAAGAUGGUGGACACUUUAAGGGUGAGCUCCUCUGGUCCUGAGACAAAGGAAGGAGGGUUAAAUGCUGUUUGUGCUGCAUCAGUUUUAUUGCUAAUAUUAUGUAUCGUGUCAACUUGCAUGCACGUUGACCAGGAAUGUCAGCUCUGCGUCUUUCCAUCAUCAGCACGUUAGGGUUAGUCGAAGGCUUUUGUGCCACAAAUACUAAAUUCUAGUUUGUGAAGGAAGUGUAAGGUGCAUUGACUAGAGGUAAGAUGUGGAUCAAUUCUCUAGCAGAUUAUAUGAUGCUUGCCAUCAUAAGGUAACACUUUUUCACUACAUGUGGCACGUGUCGUAUAGUUUAUCCUAAAGCUCAUUGUCGGACUGCAGGCUUACAACUUUCAUUUCAUGAGUGUAAAUAUUGUACAUAUAUAAAAAAAAAAUAACAGUACAUCCAUAUAGUAUGUAGAGUUUAAAACCGCAGGUAUAGUUGAAGAAGACCUCUUUGUUGAGCCCAUCUAAGGUUGUUGCUAUGAGGCGUAUCAACCAAUAGCGAUGUAUGGACUCUUAAUUCCCUAAAGAUGGGAAUGUGAGUCAUGAAUUCCUAUAAUGGAAUGUUCAGUUUCUCCCGCCACACCAUCCAAGCAGUAUGUGACUAACCAAAACCAGAUACGGAGGAGACAUCUGCACACUGUGCUAUUCAAAGAGUACUAAAUACAAUUUAAUUGUACAAAAAGAACAAGGUACUAGACAAAGUACAUAAUUGCUACAAUUUGAAAGUGGCUUUGGACCGUAUUAUUUUAAAAAAGGACAACCCAUUACUUUUUGGAUCAGAUUCUACUAAAUUCUCUUGAGAACACGCAGUUAUGUUUCAGGGGAGUAGAAUUGUGCUAAUGCUAUGUUUUUCUCCGGAUAAUUAUUUGCUAAAGUUUUGGACAUUCCCAGAUCUUUAGAGAGAGUUUUUACAGCUACUGUUAAAAAGAUGACUUUAGUACUUUGUAAAUACAACACGAGAUAAGCUUUGACAUGCAACAUAGAAGUAUCUAAGUGUACGGCUGAAAUUUCAUUGCAUUCUUUGAAUAAAGGGAAAUAUAUCUGUCUUUUAAAAUGUGUCUUUUCUGUCUGUCAGCAGAGACCAACUUGCUGUAGAGAACUGCGAGGUAAAAGAUUAUAUCCAGUGAGGGAUUGCUGACUACACCCAGGCUGUGCUCCAGGCCUGCACUAACUGGGAAGUUCAACUCUUAGCUGUUAAACGGAUAACCAGUGUUAUCCUUUCACCUUCUCUGCUUAAAUCAUCCUCAAAUCCCUUAAGAGUCUGAAGCAUCCUGAUGCACCUGCCAGUAUGCUGGUCAGUGCAGAGAGAAUAACGUUGGACUGAUGGAUUGCAAUGCUUAUUAGUGUGUUACAGUGCCAUCGAAAUGAAAGUAACAGUUCCAAGGGUAAAACUGACCUUCUGAAAAAGUCUUUGUGCCUCUAUAACCGCUUGAUUGGACAGACUCAAAGAUAGUUGGAGCUUAGGAGACACUUAAACCCUCAGAGAUUAUCCCUCGGUCACACAGAACUGCAUGAGCAACAGUGAGAGAUUGAUGGCUGGCUGUAAAAAGAGGAAAGACGGUUGGCUUUUCGAAACAUUUUGGUGUGAAUAAGUUAAGCC